GGUUUCUUCAACAUCGAUGUGGUUUGCGCCACGACAGUGAGUCUUAUCAGUUGUUGAAGAAAAUGUACGCAGUUUCAUGUUGUGCUCAUAUUUUUUUCAUAGCGAGAAUCGGGGUUAGGACGACUGCCCCUAUUUAUUUCACGCUACUGCCAGAGCUCGCUUGGACCGUCGCGCCAGGUCAAAUUUAUACCUGAGACAACGAGGCAUGCAACGAAGUAUUCCCACUCUUGUUCCUGAACUUCAUCUCGACUUCCCCCAUCCGUCAUGAUACCUUAUGCUGAGAGUCGGUCAAGUGCUUCGACACAAGACCCAUUAUCACUAUCAACUUACUUCCGAUCCCCCGUCUGUACUCUUGUGGCGUCCCUGGAAGAUGAGUACCAUGAAGUGGUAUCCUUCCACGAUGUCUGUCAGGCGUACGAUUUGCUUUGCCUUCGUAUCCAGCGUAUUGCGGAGGCCCUACUCACUCACGUGAAUCCUGUCCCGCCUGUGCUCACGUGUCUGCAGAAGUAUUCGUCCUCCAUAGCGAGAUGUCUACGAAGGGACAUUAACUGUGCUUUCACCUACCCUCUUACGGAUCCCCCUCGACCAAACAGGCAGAUUCCUGACUCUGUCCCGCUGCUAUUCCACAAUCCUCCAGACGAUGAAGUCAAAGUUGCAGAAGAUGCUAGUGCCAUCUGCCAACAUGCUAUAAGACUGGCCUCCAUUAUGUUCAAAUUUCCUGCAUUGUUUAAUUUGUUUUCCGAUUAUGAUCUCUCUAGUGUAUUCUCCGAAAUAUUGCGGAUAACCUUGUCCUCAUCUGUGCCUACUCCGGGUGAAGCCAAGAUUCGUUCACUCGCGAUGUGGGCUAUUUCCGAGCAAGAGCUUCCAACGAUCAUAGCCAAGGAUCGCAAGUCACAAUUGUUGUCUUUACUUCACAAAGUCCUACUCGGCUCAAACAAGUUGAUGAAGGACACUCAGACCUUGAGCGAUGCACUCAAGUUGAUCCACAGACUUCUCUACAAGCACCCGCUUAUCUUCUUAGAGCCUUUGGCCAACCUCCUUGAGUCUGUCUUGGCACAAUUAGUGUUCCCUCAUCCCAUGGUCAGAGUUGCUGCGGCACAUGCUCUAGGUGGAUACACUUUAGCAGUGACAACCUGCUCACGGUCGAUACCCUCCUCCCUACUAUCACGGAUCGCUGACCAGAUCUCCACAUCCGCACAAUCACAGCUGAAGCCACGCAAGUUGAAGAUACCAUCUACCACAAAGACCUUGCUCUCAUAUUUCUGCCAGAUAACGUCUUCUGCUGAGCCAGACAAUUGUCUGAGCGACGCAUUCUGGGCCUAUUCCAUUUUAGCUUCCUUCAUCGUCCUUUCGGACGGUAGGAUUUUCUGUAUUCCCCGGAUGUUGAAGGCCGUCAUAGACUCGAUGUCCGGUCUCCACAAACAUUUCGGACGUGGAGUCAGUCAAACACACCUGGCCGUAUGGAGGUGUUUAAUCUGGGCUCUCUUGCGUUUGCGACAUCAUAUUGACGAACAGCAGUCAAAAUCCAACGCAGAAGCAAGCACCGCUCAGACUGGCGUAUCUUCUAAGUGGACGCCUGCACUUGACUUCGUUCGGCAAGAUCUGGAGUUUGGAAACGGCUCAGCUUUAAUUUGUUACUUGAUGAAUCAAUGCCCCACUGCAACCACUGAGGACGUGCCUGACUACAACGACAUAUUUGUUACUUCAACCCUGAAGGUUCUUGACACGAUGAUCAACCACUCCCAUCGGGAGGUCCGCAAUGACGCCAUCGCCUUUUUGGCUCGUUUGACGUGUGGAUUGUCCUCUCCGCAUAGUACGGAAUGGGAGGAUGCCCGUAUUGUUUCGCAUGCGCUGCUCAGCGGUUCAGCAUUGUAUGGAUAUUUGGAGAAUACCUCGUGCUUCGCCGUUGAUGCAGACCCGAGGCACAUUCGCCCCCUUUCAGAGAAUGAAGUUGUCGCGCAUUGGGGAGACCUUUUAGUAAUAUGGAAGACGGCGAUGGGUUGUAAGAUUGUGGCAGGAGAGCCAGUGUUGCUAUCAACUGACUUGUCCAAUGCAUGGCACGACUUGUUGCUCGCUCAGUCUCAUUUGACUCAACAGGAUAUACACCUCGCUGCAUCGCCUGCUCUGAUCGAAGACACUAUCACAAUUAUAUCCGACCUCCUUGCAACCCCGAAGGAGCAUGACGCCAGGGUAAUGCUGCAGAAAGUGCAAGCGUCGCAACUGAAGACCAUUCAUCACCUGUGGAUAGUGACGAAGCAUGUUGUGGGAUCAGACAGUCAAGGCGAUACGGCUGCUGCAAUAUUGAGUUCCGUGCUGGAACGGGAAUUUGCUUUGGACGAUGGCGAAGUAAAGACGUCAUGGAGCGAACUUUGCUGUGAACUCAUGAUUGCUCAAAAUCCGCAUCUUCUUGCGUCAUUGCAGGCCACAUCAGAAUCGCAAGGCGAGAAGGAAGUCAGGAGUCGUCUUUGGCAGAUAGUCGCUGAAACAUACGUGGAUGUGGAGCAGACUGGCGAUCAUAAUUGGGAGCGUAUUGCGAAACUUCUAUUGAUACCUUUGGGACAUUCAACAUUGUCAGAAGACGAAUGUAAACUUUGGGCUCGAUUGCUGGAUCAUGCUCUGCAAGUUGCAGAACACAUGCAUAUCUAUUCACCUAAUGCAUUGGACUACCUCGUACAGAAUGCAGUCUCAGCUGACCUCUUCAUUUCUCCAGAAGUCGUCACCAUGUUGCUAUCCCGUCUGAAGUUGAACGAGGAAAACGAUUUGCCCCUAUCAUUAUUCAAGCAUACUAACGACACUCUGUGUGCUUUAUACCCACCUGAAGGAUCGCCUUCCCCUGUUUUGGAGCUCUUUCACGCUCUCACAAACUUCCUUAAAACUAUCGCUCUCUCGCAUUUGGUCCCCACUAUCCUACAACUAACGCAAGGUCUCAUCACUUGGAUCCAUAAUGACUGUGAAGGUCUCGAUGUAUUGGUAUUUAAUAACGACAUCAUUCCCCUGUAUUGCACCGCUCUCGAACGUUUGGCAACAAUUCCUCUGACUGUAUCCUUACUACAACAUCUUUCUCCCUUUCUUUGCUCUGCAUUCGAAUUUAUACCCUUCCCGGGUCUCGCUGUCCGUGCCUUCCAGCCUUUCUGGAAGACCGUUGGUUCUGGCAUAGCCAACGUGGACAAUGUAUGUCCAGCAGAACUCAAGACGUGCGUUGAAGCGUUCUGCAACGUCACCGAUCAGAAUCUCCCCGCAGGAUACUUCUCGGACUCUCAAUCUCAAUCGCGUCUCUCAAUGUCACAGAGCUCUGUGCCCGACUCUCAGCCAGCGGCGUCGGAUAACAACGAUCCAGAAUAUGCCUAUUUUCUGAACAUGAGGUCAUCCCGUGACAACGUGCUUCCUGGUGAACGCCACCCAAGCCCUGCCACACCCAUUCAGCAAAGGAUGUCUUCAAAGAAUGGUUCCGCUGCUCUACCUUCAACUGCAAGUUCUUCAGGUAAUUUUCUUGUACCUUUUGAAUCCCCUGUACCUCCUCGUCAGUCUACGGUGGACCAAGAGCUCCUUCAAGUGUUCAGUCCAGAAGUUCCUGCACCAUCAUCCCUCCAAACCACAGGGAUGUCUGAUUUGCCACGACGUGUACCAAUGCCUCAACCAACUUCCUCUGAUGUGUACUGGCCAUCCAUUCCGGGACUUUCUUGUUCCACCAAUCUGCCCAGCUCUCCUUUGAUCGGUUUGCUAGCGAAGAAGCGACAGCUGGGUGUCGACAUUCCGCCCUCGAGUGGUCGUCAUGACAACAUCGCUGAGAGUGACGUGAGAUCGGAAGUUGACAAAGAAGUUGAAUCGCGAGAUCUUCAUCAAGCGAAGCGGGCUCGCGAAACUCGAGAAUCCUUCAACCCUAUGGGGACCCAGAAAUCUGAAGAGAUUCCCGUAUUGAAUGACCAAGACAAGCUCGGUCUGUCUCCGGAUGACUACGAUACUUGGGAAGCAAGCGUCCCAUCGCCAGAGGUGCGGCGAAUUCGAAAUGAGUUGACGUCAGGUGAUACAUCCGACUCCGCCGGUCUAAGGCGACAUGUUGACCGCUCACAGUCGGUGCCACUUGCUACUGGUCCAAGGGUUCAAGCACCUUUGCGUCGUGCGCAAACCAACUCUUCUCAACUUCAGGGAUCAAGUAGAUUACAAGCCUUACACCAAGCUUAUCAUGCAUUGCGCGAGGCAGGUCCAGAAUUGCCUAUGGACGAAGCGGCGGAAGCAUUGAAAUUGCUGCAUGAGAUGAAUGGACUUGUGCAACAGAAGAUGUUCACAAACAUUUCGCGUCAGGGAUCUGAAGAUCAUGCAUGAUGUAAAUUCUGUGUGGAAGUGUCCGCAACAAGUAUUCUGUCAUACAUAUAUAAAGCAAUUUUGGCUCAACCUUAUCAUAUGUGUGUACGGCUUGCAUCCUUCUUCCGGAUAAGUCAUGCGUCGCUGGGUCCUCCGUAGCACAUAUCGUGAGAUCUUCAAUGACGGAUCCAAUUACCCU